UCAUUUUCAUUUUCGUACCCUGCAAGUCCAAGACGAAGGGGGCCGAGACGGAAUUCGAUGAAAAAUCUGCCUCCUCCCCCCAACGGCGACUCACCAAUCUCCUCUGCGCCGCUCCUCUCUUACUCUUAACUUAGCCUCGCAAUCGUUCAACUGCUUUGUUUUCGCCGGCCGACACUUAAUCAUGGACGUCGAUCCCCGUCACUACGACCACAGAGCCAUCAGUGAUGGUGAUAUUCAGAACAUUGUUUUAUCGUACCUUGUUCAUAAUUGUUACAAAGAGACUGCAGAGUCAUUCACUAAUUGUACUGGGCUUAAACAGCACACUGAUUAUCUUGUCGACAUGGAAAAAAGAAAAAGAAUUUAUGAUUUUGCAAUAGAAGGAAAUGCACUUAAGGCCAUUGAGUUAACAGAAGAGAUAGCACAUGGUUUACUUGAGAAGAAUGAGGACUUGCACUUUGAUCUUUUGAGCCUUCAUUUUGUUGAACUUGUUUGCUCUAGGAAAUGCACAGAGGCUCUAGAAUUUGCUCAGGUCAAGCUUGCCCCUUUUGGGAAGGUGCAUAAAUAUGUCGAAAAACUUGAAGAUUUCAUGGCUCUUCUUGCUUAUGAAGAACCAGAAAAGUCUCCAAUGUUUCAUCUGCUUAGUGUAGAUUACCGGCAAAGAGUAGCAGAAAGUCUAAAUCGAGCAAUUCUUGCACAUGCAAACUUCCCGAGCUAUACAGCAAUGGAAAGGCUGAUAAAGCAGGCAACUGUAGUUAGACAGUCCUUAAGCCAAGAGCUGGGCAAGGAUGGGCCUCAACCAUUUUCUUUGAGGGAUUUCUUGAAAAGCUAAUUCAAGGAAAUCUUCGGGCACAAUGGCGACUCAUGGUUGUGGUAUGGAAGUUUCUCGAGUUCGAAUCACUCUCAAUUCCACUCAAUUCUAAGGUUGCUGAGUGAUGUUUCUCAUGUCUGCGAGUUCUUGCAUUCGAAGUAUGCUCCUGUCUUCAUAUGCUUUAGGGUGCCGGGUAGGGCCAUAAAUAGAGUCAUCUGGGGUCCCCUGGGCAAAAGUUCAUUUUCCUUUCAGUUGGUGACCUAGUCGACCUAAUGCCUUGUGUUAUUGUACAUGCCGUCUCUAAUUUUGUUGCUUGCUCUUUAUUCUCUUUCCUUUUAUUUCAUUUUUUCAAAAUUUACUAUGUUGAUAUAUUGGCUAGCAUUGUUGUGUCUCAUAAUCUGGUUUUGACACGAAGGAACAUAGGAGAAGGUAGAAACUCUACUUUGUUGUCUUAUGCCAUGGUCAUCAAAUGCUAGCUUUGUUUGUCACAGUGUAAAGAAAAGGUCUACAUCAUCAAAUGAGUUGAUCUAGUUUCCUCUUGAUUGGAUUGUCAAAUAUGUAAGAGUAGGACUCUUUCUCGGGAGUUAAAA